AUGCCAGCACCAUCCGCUGAUCGAUUGUCAUCUCUUGAGACAUAUGCCUCUGCUUCUGUACCUCGUCUAAAAUCUCUUUACUCUGACUUCACGCGACAGAAGAACUCCAAUCCCACCGCCUACACAUCCAAUGUAGAGUGGUGGCGGAGGACGCUCGAAGCACUCGUGGCCAAAGGUUGGAUGUCUAGGCAGCAUGCGCACCCUGCCAAUCCCGACAGAUUGAUCCUUCAUGCCGUUGGUCCCUCGAUUGCUGAGGAAUUUAGGGUGGAAGGAGUAGGCAAGCCGCUCAGCUUACCGACAGUCAUAGCUGAGCUGUGCAGCACGAAAGUGUAUUACUCUCUGCCUGAGUUUCUGACUGCUCCGCAGUCCAUCUAUGAUGCAGGCUCGCUUCCGUUCCGCAUAGCAUCUUAUAUGGUCGGCAAGCCGUUGUGGUGGGCACUGCAGCAACUGAACGUGGUUGGCUCUGAGGAUGCGGUUGGUGGACAUGCGAGCGACGCUGAACGGUGGAAGAAGGUAAAAGGCGACUACGUAAUCCUCAGCCUCCUUGAGCGCGCCGCGGUGAACGUGAUACAAAGACAACGGAACAAGAGCGGUGUAUCACUGGCCGAUUCGUUGUACAAUACGGACAGCUUCAGAGAGGAGUUCGCAGGUCAUGCUUUGGACGGAUGCGUAUUAUCCGAUCUUGAUCUAAAAGUACUGGCCAAGUAUUUGGAACGAGAUAAGAGAGUGCUAGCUGUUCAGAAGGAGGUCAUCAAGUUCUCCAACGCAGACGGGGAGCAGCAGCCAGAAAUCACGGCAAUAGAUUCUGGAGUUCUGGAGUUAAAGAUCGGAGUAGACAAGCUGAAGGCUCAGAUUGACAACAUCCAAGCCAGAAUAGACGAGCGUUCGCAACAGAUCUCAUCUGCACUUCGUCAGAAGCGUAAAGAGGUGGCUAUGAGCCAUCUUCGUGCCCGAAAGCAAUGGGAAGAUUUAUUGCGAAAACGCCUCGGGUCCCUCGAAACAUUGCAGUCUACCCUGAUUCGCGUGGAAACAUCAGCAGGAGAUAUCGAAAUCAUGAAAUCCUAUGAAUCUUCAACGGCUACUCUUCGUGCUAUUCUCGCACAUCCUUCACUUCAGCGGGACAAGAUCGACGAAACCUUGGAUGCCAUGACUUCCGCCAAUAUCGAUGCAAGAGAACUGGACGAUGCGAUCCGGAUGGGUGUGGACAUGGUUCAACCCGAUGCCGACAUAGAUGAGGCCGAGCUAGAGGACGAAUUGAAGGCGUUGGUGAAGGAGGCCGAGGGGCAGAAGUUGGCGACAGCAGCAGCCGAGAGGGCACGCCAAGAAGAGGAAAACAGGCGAGCAUUGGAGGCCAGGCUUGUAUCUUCGCCGCUGGUUGCACCUUCCCAUACCCCCGACGAGCCUGAGGCAGAUACCUCACCAUCUCGUGGGGGGGAGCUUCAUGCACCUGUUGCGUAG